UGUCAUUAAUUAUUUACCGGUUUUAUUUCAAAUUUCCGGUAAUUUCCGUAAACAUGAGAUCACUUUGAGGUUGACUCAGAAGUCAGGGUCAACUCAAUCGGUUCCGAUCGUUCGCUCUCUCCUGACGCUCGCCAGACAUGAGAACUCCGUUGUUGUUAGCUGCUUUAUUGUUGGCGUGUGUGUUGGUCUGUUCCUCGCCGAUUGAUCCAAAACGCAUUCUCAUCAAUCGGCCUCGAGAACUCGAUGUCUUCAAACGAUCGGAUCAAGUUAAAGGCGGCAAACCCGGGGUUAAAGGUUACGAGCCUCCGAUGCCGGCGCUAAGGAAGGGCGAGUUCAUGUGUGGAAACCGAGUCUGCAAGUUAAAACCGGGGCAGAUACCGCCCGGGUGUAAUGGCGCUUGUCAAUAUCGAGUUAAUUAAAGUUAUUAUAUAAAGUA